GUGAAAUGGACAAGAAAUCAAACUACCAGCUGAGCGAGCGCGACUUGGAUAUACGCUCCGAUCUGGAGUUUGUGGACAGUCUGCUGAAGGAGCAGCGUUUGGAGGUGGAGCCGCAGGCUCGUGGUGUCAUCUUGGAUCUGGCUUACACUUUGGCAAGGGACAAACUCGUUGAGGCCCAACGUUUCGCUAAGUUGGCCAACCGCUCCAACGUGAGUGUGGAGGACUUGGAGAUGGCAAACCUGGAGCGGACAGAGGAGCUGAGCAGGAGACCGAUCCACCAGCCGGUGAAGUCCCUUGUUCCCAGCCAGCCAUCCCUGCCCACGCCGACUGUGAGCCGAGGUCUGAUGCUGCCCACCUGGCGGCAGUGUCAGGUGGGUAUAAUGGCCGAACUGAAGGACAAGGGUGCUGAGACCCUGCCAGCGAAUCCCAGGACUGGGCUGCCCCCGAAUCCGGUAACCGCUAGUGCUUCAGUUCCUGGUCUAAACUCUGGCAGCAACUCGAUGCUGGCUACUGGAUCUUCAAAUCCGGGUCGUAACACUUCGAAUCCCAUUGCUCGUCCCGCUGGCUCUAACAUGAAUCCUCCCGACAACUUUUCCAAGCCUACGUUUGUUGCCCCAAGUUCUCGAGCUGAUCAUCAAAAUGCAAUGAGAAAUCAUUCCACUCCUAGGGUGUACGCCAAUAACUCCACAGCGGGCUAUGUGUCAGAUUCCUCCUUAUGCUUCACUGCUAGAUAUCCGGGCGGAGUUCACUCGGCCGUGAAAAAGCCACGCAUGCAUCAAUAA